UAAAACUGUCUAUUAGGCCCUGUUUGCUGGGAGUUCCCCUGAAUACAUUUUUCUGUGUACAAAGAGUUAAUGACUAACUUCUGCUUCUUGUCAUCUGUUCAUUCAAAGAUGUAGUAAAAAAAACCUUAUAAGCAGCCUGCUCGGGAAGCUCGGGGCUGAUCUCCUCUAACCCUGCGUGGUAGAAUCGCCAGCCGGCUAGUAAAUGCUCAUAAUUAAUCUCGAUUGGCUCUGUGGGUCUCAGAAUCAUUCCCGCCACAACAGUGGCUGCCCUGUUCACACUCGGGGGCCCUCGUUUUCUCUACUCUUCCUAAAUUUAGAAGGGCUCAAGAGAACCUCGGAGGUGGCUGGUUUGGGUCUGACCUGAAGGUCCAGGAAGGCGAGAACCCCGACCAUCCACUGUUCUGAAAACUAUGGACCACUGAAAAAAUACCAGGCGUACAGCACUAGUGUAGAUCUUGUAGAGCUGCGCCUGCGCUAAAACUGCCACUCCCAGGACCUUUCGGACCCAAGCAGCUUUCCCUCUGAGGGCCCAGCCGUAGGAUUCCCGUAGAACUGAAAAGUAUGGGCUAAAAGCAUUGAUGGGAAACAGAGCCUCGGAGCAAGAACUGGCGGAAGCCUCUAUGGGAAGCACGGUCCACGAAGGUGCGGCGGCCACAAAACCAGCACAAAGAGAGAAAAAAAGCUUUGGCCGGGAUAGGGCGCCCAGGGAUUUCUGGAGAACGGAGUCCGGCGGGGGAGGCAUGUGCGCAUGACCGGAAGUGGCGCGAUUCCGGCGCGCCCCCUUUGGCGCGAGAGCAGGACCUGGCGUUUGGCAGCACCUGCAACCGCAGUUGGAGCUCGCGCCGGUAGCCGGCGGCUGUUUCUGCACGCGCCGUUUUGCUUGAGACCCAGUCGUUGUUUGCGCCUCGGGCUCCCUAGCCCAGACCUGGCUAUGCGGCUGGGGAGACAGUGAAAGACCCGCUGGACAGGCCCCAUCAGGGCGCCCAGGGCCCAGCACCGCAGGCUCAGACCCAGCCUCGGAGAGAAGAGUCCAGCAGUUUGGAGCAGGCCUGCAGGGCGGGGCUGGGGCUACAGUGAAGCGACGCGGACACCCAGAGACCUGCUGGGAGGCGGUGGCGCGUGGUGAGACCCAAAUGCUGGGGGAAGGUGAGAAGUGUGGAGGGAACGGUUUGUUCCAGCUUGCUCACUAAUACAGACCAGAACUCUGCGGUUACCCUUUCCACUUGGGAACGAUCCUUUGAAUAAAGAAUUUUGGGGUCAAAAAUGUUUGAGGCGCUCAGGACUGGAUAACCUGAGUAUCCAACCCUUUUACCCCGACCUGCUUGGUGGACCAAUAGCAUCUUUGAGAGAAAUGGAAAGGAACAUGGGACGUACUUAGGGUCUCCUCUAUUGCUUCUGAUCUUUCAGCUCUUGAAGCAGCCAAGGAUGCUCUAAACAGGAGCCUAUUGGCUCCUCCCACGACUGAGGGCGGGUCGAACCCAGUUGGAUUGUGAAGUUGUGUUUAGGCGCCGUUGUGUUUAGGAGCCGUUUAAGUUGUGGGGUAGUUGCCAGGUCUCUUAACCUGUUUCUUCAUGGAGGGAAGGUUAAAAUAACCUUAAGUACCUCGUCUACCUCUAGGAACUGUAAACAUCAAAUAAAACGUUUUGAAAGCAUCUUGAAUGCCUUACAGAACAAAUGUGCAUUUAAUCUAAACCGCCAAGGCUCGUGUCAUCCUCCCUUAGAUCAGGGGGUACCUUCAAAGUCAGAUUUAACAACUAGCAUUUCAUGUUGCCUUCCCCAGAGACCUGAGAUGCAAGCAGGUUUUGUCCUCUCUAUACUACUAAAAAGGAAUGACAGAGUGGAGUUAGGGACAGCUCAGUAACAUACGGUCUGUACCAAGACCAGUAUCCAGACCUAUUACUUCUGUUUCUGAGGACUGUACCACCUCUAUUUUUUUAAUUGAGGCAUAAUUCACAUGCUAUAAUCAUUUUUUUAAUUUAUUGGGGUGACACUGGUUGAUAAAAUUAUAUGUUUCAAGCGUACAAUUCAAUAUUGCAUUGUUGACUACCCAGAGUCAAAUCUUCUAUCACCAUAUAUUAGACCAAUAAUCACUUUUAAAGUAUAAAAUUCAGUGGGUUUUAGUGUAUUUGCAAAGUUGUACAACUGUCCCUGCUAUUUAAUUCUACAUUUUCUUCACCUCAAAAAGAAACCCAUACCCAUUAACCACUCCCUAUUCCCCCUGCCCCCUAGUCCCUGGCAACCACUAAUCUUUCUGUCCCUAUGGAUUUGCGUAUUCUGGACAUUUCAUAAAAAUAGAAUCAUACAACGUAUAUCCAACUUCUUUCAAUUAGCAUAGUUUCAAGUUUCAUCUGUGUUGUAACAUGAAUGAAUGUACCUGGUACCUCUUUAUGGCUGAGUAAUAUUCCAUUAUAUGGAUAUACCACAUUUUAUCUCUUCAGUUGAUGGACAUUUGAGUGGUUUCCAGUUUUGGUUAUCAUGAAUAAUGCUGUGAACAUGAGUGCACAAGUUUUUGUGUGGAUGUUUUCAUAUCUCUUGGGUCUAUACCUAGGAGAGGAAUUGCUGUCAAAUGGCUGACUUUUUUUUAGGAACUGCCAAAUGUUUCCACAAUGGCUGCACCAUUUUACAUUCCCAGUAGCAACAAAUGUUCCAAUUACCCUACAUCAUCAGCACUGUUUUCCAUCUUAUUUUAGUCAUCUAGUGUGUGUGAAGUGAUAUCUCAUUAUCAUUUGAUAUGCAUUUCUCCAGUGAUUUAUGAUGAGCAUCUUUUCAUGAACUUCUUGUCUAUUUGCAUAUCUUGCUUGGAGAAAUAGCUAUUCAGAUGCUUUGCCCAUUUUGAAAGUAGGUUGUCUUUUUAUUGAAUUGUAAUAUAUUCUUUAUAUAUUCUGGAUACUGGGCCCUUAGAAGAUAAAUGAUUUGCAGAAAUUUUUUUUCCAUUCUGUGGUUAUCUUUUCACUUUCUUGUAUCCUUUGAAGCACAAAGUUUUUAAUUUUGAUGAAAUUCAAUUUAUUUCUUCUUUUGUUACUUGUGCUUUUGGUGCCAUAGCUAAGAAACUAUUACCAAUUAGACGUCAUAAAGAUUUAUACUUAUAUUUUCUCCUAGGAGUUUUAGCUUUUACAUUAGGUCUUUGAUCCAUUUUGAGUUAAUUUUUAUUAGUGGUGCAAGGUAGGAGUCUAAUAACUUCAUUAUUUUUUAUGGGGAUACACAGUUGUCCCGGCACUAUUUUUUGAAAAGGCUAUUCUUACCCCAUUUUAUUUCUUGGCACUAUUGUUGAAAAUUCAGUUGUCUAUAAAUGUUUAUUUUCAGUUCUCUUCCAUUGAUCUAUGUCUAUCUUUUUACCAGUAUCACACUAUUUUAAUUACUGUUUUGUAGAAAGUUUUGAUAUUGUGAAUGAGUCCUUCAAUUCCUUCUUUUUCCAGAUCGUGGGACUAUAACUAAACAUCAAAUAAAUUCUGGGUCCCUUGCAUUUCCACAUGAAUUUUAAGAUCAGUUUAUCAAUUUCUGUAAAAGAGUCAUCUGGGUUUGAUAGGGAUUGCAUUGACUCAAAACAUUGGUAGUUUUUAAUGUGCAUGUCUUGCAUUUUAUUUUUUCCUAGAUAUUUUAUUCUUUAAUGCUCUUGUAAAUGGAAUUUUUUUAUUUUCACUUUUCACUUGUUCAUUGCUAGAGUAUAGAAAUACAUCUGGAGAAAUGUCUAUUCAAAUCUUUUGCCCAUUUUUAAGUGGGUUGUCUCUUUAUUGUGUCCAUAUUGUAUCUUGUUUAUCUGUGAGUUUUUUUGUGACCUUGUUUAUCCAUGAGUUUUGUGGAUUCCUUAAGAUUUUCUAUAUACAAAAUCAUGGCACAAAGAGAUAGUUUUAGUUCUUCCUUUCCGAUCUGGAUGCCUUUUUUCUUUUGUCUUGCCUAAUUUCCCUGGCUAGACCAUCCAGUGCAAUAGUGAAUAGGAGUGGCAGGAGCAGACAUUGUUUCAGACCUUGGGACAGCAUUGGGCUUUCGCCAUCAAGUGUGAUGUUAGCUCUGGGAUUUUCACAGAUGCCCUUUCUCAGGUGAAGGCGGUUCCCUUGUGUUCUUAGUUUGCAGAAUGUAUUUUAUCAUGAAAGUGUCAGAUUUUGUAAAACGGCCUUUUUGGUGUUUGAGAUGACCGUGUGGAAUUUUUUCCUUUGUAUUAAUAUGGUAUCUUAUGUAGAUCAUACAUUGAACGAACCUGUGUUCCUGGGUUGAAUUCCACUUGGUCAUGACCCCUUCUUUUAAUUAGGCAAAUGUCUUAAAUUCACAGAGCCACUUUAUCCAAAGAAUAGGUGAUAUUUGUAAACUGUAUACUUACAUGCUAGGCAUUGUGCCAAUUGCUUUAUUUGCAUUUUCCUUUAAUCUUCACAGCAACAACUUUACAAGGGAUUAUUAUCCCCAUUUUACAGAUGAGAAAAAUGAGACUUAGAGAGGUUACGUGAUUUGCACACUGCAGGGAUCCAUGCCCUUCAGCAAUGUGACUGUGGCUUUCACCCACGAACAGUGGAGGCACUUGGUCCCUGCUCCAAGGGACAAGUUCAAGGAGGGAAUCCCAGACAAGUCCAGGAACCUGGUCCUACUGGGACUUCCAGUUUCCCAACCUGGCAUGAACUCCCAGUUGGAACAAAGGGAAGGCCCAUGGAUAUUGGAGGGAAAUGGCCUAAGAACUACCUGUCCAGACCGGAAGAUUGUAUCUCAGUCACCACCGGAACAAGACAUUUCUGAGGAAUCAUGCCAAGACACAAGUGUAGAGGUGUCCCCUGGGAAGUCAAAUCACAGGAACAGUGACCUAGGGAAAAGCUGCAAUCUGAGACCAGUCCUUUCUCCUCAACAGAGAGUUCCUACGGAAGUGAGGCCCUGUAAACGUGAACCACAAACGAAGGGCUUCACGAAGGGUUCAGAUGUCAUUAAAUCUCACCGAGUGAAACCGUACAUGUGCAAUGAAUGUGGCAAAGCCUUCAGUUACUGUUCCUCCCUUUCUCAGCAUCAGAAGAGCCACACCGGGGAGAAGCCAUACGAGUGCAGCGAGUGUGGGAAGGCCUUCAGCCAGAGCUCAUCGCUCAUCCAGCACCAGAGGGUUCACACCGGAGAGAAACCUUAUAAAUGCAGCCAGUGUGGAAGAGCCUUCAGCCAGAAUGCAAACCUCACAAAACACCAGAGAACUCAUACUGGAGAGAAGCCCUACAAGUGUACGGAAUGUGAGAAAGCCUUCAGUGACUGCUCGGCCCUCGUUCAGCAUCAGCGCAUUCACACAGGGGAGAAGCCCUACGAGUGCAGUGAGUGUGGGAAGGCCUUCCGUCACAGCGCCAACCUCACCAACCACCAGAGGACACACACAGGGGAGAAGCCCUACGAAUGCAGCGCGUGCGGGAAGGCCUUCAGCUACUGUGCGGCCUUUAUUCAGCAUCAGAGGAUCCACACGGGAGAGAAACCUUACAAAUGCAACACGUGUGGGAAAGCCUUCAGCCAGAGCGCAAACCUCACCAACCACCAGAGGACUCACACGGGGGAGAAACCAUACAAAUGCAGUGAGUGUGGGAAGGCCUUCAGCCAAAGUACCAAUCUUAUAAUCCACCAAAAGACCCACACUGGAGAGAAGCCAUACAAGUGUAAUGAAUGUGGGAAGUUUUUCAGUGAGAGCUCAGCCCUCAUUCGACAUCACAUAAUCCAUACUGGGGAGAAACCCUACGAAUGCAAUGAGUGUGGAAAAGCCUUUAACCAGAGUUCAUCUCUUAGUCAGCAUCAGAGAAUUCACACUGGCGUGAAACCUUACCAGUGCAGCCAGUGUGGAAAGGCCUUCAGAUGUAGUUCAGCUUUCAUUAGACAUCAGCGACUCCAUGCUGGAGAGUGACUGGGAACAUGGCCAAUGUGGAUAGGGACCUGACAGGUAAAUGCAGGUAACCUGAAAGCACCUGGAGACAUCUUUUAGUCUGUAGCCCAGAGCCACAUGCGCCUUUAAUAAAGUCAGUUCUACAUACUGCAUGUGGAAGGACUCAGGAGCUCUUAACACUUUUCCAUUUAAAAAAGUAUAGCUUGCUGCCAGCAUCGUUAACAUCACAUGUAGGAAUGCUGCGUUUUCUAGGAUUUGACAUUUUCAGCAAUCGAGAAUCAUUGUAUUUUGUAAAUGGAAAUACCACUACCAAAAACAAUGCUAUAAAUAGAAUGUCAUUUGUUUCCAAACAAUAUCGACAUACUACAGCGAUGCAAUAAUAAUAAAAGCGAGAUAUUCUGUGGCAAACUUUGGGGGUAAGGUUAGGACCAUAACAGCGAGUUAUCGGGGUAAAUGCUGCAGCCACAAGCGCUGCUGGUUAUUUAUCCUCGGGGCAAAUGGGAAAUGGGUUAACAUCUUCCAUAAGCUUAAAUAACUCCUUGAAUGAGGGCUACUGCCAAAGAAACAAGUACAUUGGCCAGGAAAGAGCAUUUCUUUUAAUGGGGCUACUAAGGUAUCUGAUCUAGAGGAGUAAAUU